CUAUGCCCCUACGCUGCUUUCCUAAAUCAAAACGAGAAAAUGGAUCACUUUGCAAAAUUGCCUGAGGAAUGCAUCUCUGAAAUUCUUUCCUUAACUUCGCCGGCUGAUGUAUCAACUUCUUCUAUCAUCUCUAAGCGUUUUAAAUCAGCAUCCGACUCCGAUACUACUUGGAGCAAAUUUCUGCCGUCCGAUAUCGACGACAUCAUUUCCAAAUCAUCCACUCCACUGCCCUUUGAGUUACCGCCGCCGUCCAAGAAGCAUCUAUUUCUCAGCCUCUCCGAUGAUCCGAUUGUCCUUGAUGCAGGCUAAAAGAUGUUUUAUCUGGACAAGUGUUCUGGCCAGAAAUGCGUGAUGAUUGCACCCGUCGAGCUUUCUUUCUUUGGGACCAAUGUUAAGGCAGAGUACCCGAAAAGCAGACCAGACUCAAACGCCAGGUUUGUUACAGUGCAGGCAAAUGCUAUCAAAUUAGACUUAAUUUUCUUCCCAAAAUUGGACUAAACGUAGGAAAUAAAACACUUAGGGGUUUAAUUCACAAAACCCCCUAGAUUUAUAAAUUCGAUGAAUUAGUCUCUAUGAUUUAAAAGAUGUGUCAAACCCGACCUGUUGUGUUAUAAUUAUUCAUACGCAGAACUCUCUUCAAGAAUAAAUUUAACAAUUUGGAAGUCACUUAUCUUAAUAUAUGAGUGAUCGAAUAUAUGUACAAGUAAAUUUGUGAAGUUCGUUAAAUUAUGCAAAAAUACUAAUGAUUUUCAAUUUAAUUGGCAAUUACAUUUGUUCUUGGAGAGGUUUUUACGCAUGAAUAAUUAUAACACACGAGACUUUGGCACAUUAGUCUCUGGGCUGGGGUCUGGGUUCUUUGUGUGAGGGCUUGUUGGCUGUCGCCCUUCUGUCUUCCUCGGUUGUAUCCCUGGUGGUGAGUGUGAGCGAGCCUUUGGGCUUGGUGGUGAUUGAGGUCUGAGCCGGUCCGGUUUUCCAACAGUGGUAUCAGAGCCUGGACGUUGCUGCCUCUCUCGGACACCAGAAGCUCACCGGAGAACUCCCACACCGGUAACGUCUGAAGGCACCAUCGGAGAAGGUAAGUCGGGUUGUCUCUCCGUGACACCCGCUCAGGUAUAAACUCAAACCCUAACUCUUGGACUGCCGGAGUGCCACCGGCUUCUGUGAUGCAUGGGUAUUCCGAAACCCUAGGUUGAGGAACUACCGGUUAGAAUCCCAAGUUUCUGAACCGUUGCAUGUGUAGAUCUUAUUUAGAUAAGACCUGCAAAAACCCUAGGUUGGUGAUACAGUGCAUGAGUGGUCCAAUCUGUGUCGAACUUGCCCACUGAUAUAUGUGAACUUGCCUGUGUUGAAUUUAUCCUCUGUGUGAUAACCUCUGAACCUGCUGUAUUGUGCCCUACUUAUUUUCUGCUGUAUUAUUUUCUUUGUGUUUUUUCCUCUGCUCUGUCAGUCGUUUUCAACUUUGCUUCCGCUUCUGUGUGGGCUGAGUUCUGGUAAUUGUGUGGCUUCCUAACCCCUGUUUGGCUAGGGCACCUGAGGUUAGGGCUAAGUGAUUCCCUGCCAGCCACUUCAGUGGCCUCGGAACUGUGUGGUCACUUAGUCCGCAGCCCAAACCAUCAGGGUUAAGCUCCCUUAUUACCUGUAUCUCUGCUGUUGUGUUGUAACUGUUAUCAUGGCUUCAAACCAGUAUGGUAUGAUGCCUUUUAAUGGUAAGACUGAUUUUGACAUUUGGAAAUAAAAGAUAAAAUGUGUGUUAAUACAACAGAAAGUUCAUAGAGCUAUUACUGGGCAAUACUUAGAAACUGAGGAAAAACCCAAACAAGUUGAAAUGAAUGAAAUAGCCUGCUCAACCAUAUAUUUAAACUUGUCUGAUUCUGUCCUAAGAAAGGUUGGAGUCAUUGAGUCUGCUAAAGACCUCUGGGAUAAACUUGAGUCUCUAUAUACUGAUACUUCCCUUCCUGGCAAACUGUUUUUGUUGGAAAAGUUUUUUAGGUUUAGGCUUGACCUAUCAAAAGAUAUUGAUGAAAACCUAGAUGUUUUUAACAAACUAAUCCAAAACAUUAAGCAAGCUGGGGAUAAAGAUAUAGAUGACUACACUGCCAUAGUCUUAUUAAAUGCUAUACCUGAUUCCUAUAAUGGCCUGAGAAGUAAAGAACUUGACUUAAAACAUUCUAGGAACCAUCAUAAGGAAUCUGGGGAAGCUUUGUUUGUUAGGGGAAGGUCUAAAAGCAGGUCUAAAAACCCUAAAAAGGACAAUCAGGAUAAGAAUGGUAGACAACCUAGCAAGAAGAGGCAUAAGUCUAGGAAAAGGGUGUGCUAUAACUGUGGGAACCCAGAUCAUUUCAUAAAGAACUGUCCCCAACCCAAAAGAAAUGAACAGGCCAACUCUGUGACUGAUAAAGAAAUUAGUGAAGAAGUGUUCAUGAUCUGUGAUCAUGCUAAUUCUGCCCUAAGCAACUUAACUGAAUUUGAAUGGUUAAUAGAUUCAGGUUGUACCUACCACAUGACUCCUUUUAAAAAUCUGUUUGCUUCUUAUAGUGCUUGUGAUUCUGGUUAUGUGUCCCUAGCUGACAAUAAGAAGUGUAAGGUCCAUGGUGUGGGUGACAUAAGUCUUAAGUUUGAAAAUGGAACUGUUUUCAAACUAAAAAAUGUUAGACAUGUCCCUGAUCUGAGGCACAAUCUGCUUUCUGUUUCUGUUUUUGAAGAAUGUGGUCUUGAGGGUAAAUGGGGAAAUGGGUGUAUGAAGAUUUUGAAAAACUCCCUUGUUUUGUUUAAAGCCUUGAAACAAAAUAACCUUUAUGUUGUGCAUGCCAAACCUUUUUCUAAAAAUGCUAAUGUUGUACUCAGUGACAAGUCUGUGCUUUGGCACCAAAGACUGGGUCACAUGAGUAAUAGAGGAUUGAAUAUUUUGAAACAAACUGGGUGUUUUGGUAAUGACUUGGUGUCACCCAUACCUUUCUGUGAGGGUUGUGUCCUAGGUAAACAACAUAAGGUUCAGUUUCCUGCUUCUAGCUAUUCUAUUGAGCCUAAGUCUAAAGCUGUCCUUGACUACAUACAUGCAGAUGUAUGGGGUCCUUCCAGUGUCCCUACCCAUGGGGGUAGGAGGUACUUUCUGUCCAUAAUUGAUGACUUUUCUAGGAAAGUCUGGGUCUGUUUGUUAGAACAUAAAUCUGAUGUGUAUGCCAGGUUUAAAGAAUGGAAAAUUAUGGUAGAAAAUCAAACUGGAUGUAAGGUUAAAACUCUUAGAACUGACAAUGGCUUAGAAUUCUGCAAUAAGGAUAUGGAUAGGUUGUGUGUUGAGAGUGGGAUUAGGAGACACAAGACUGUGCCCUAUACUCCCCAACAGAAUGGCUUAGCUGAGAGAAUGAAUAGGACCCUCCUAGACAAAGUUAGGAGUAUGUUUGCCACUUCUGGCCUCCCCAAGAAGUUUUGGGGAGAAGCUGUCAAUACUGCCACCUACCUGAUAAACAGAUCCCCCUCUGUACCUUUAGAAGGUAAGUGCCCUGAGUCUGUCUUCUCUAAGAAACCCCUGGACUUGUCAAAUUUAAAAGUGUUUGGGUGUGCUGCCUAUGUACAUCAACAGUCUGAUAAGUUGGACCCUAGGUCUAAGAAAUGCAUUUUCUUAGGAUAUCCUGAAGGUGUUAAAGGAUAUAGGAUCUGGGAUAGGAACCAGAGUGGUUUUAAGGUCAUUAUAAGCAGAAAUGUUGUGUUCAAUGAAAGUGACUUUCCCUGCUUAGUUCAAAAUGUGACUGACCCUCAAACUGUGCAUGAUGGCACCUCUCCUAGUGAGGUGGAGCCCAUCCAGACCACUGCUGCCCCUUUGGUGAAUGAGUCUAGUACUCCUGAUUUGACCAACACUAUGCAUGACACCCACUCCACCUCUAGUGAGGUGGAGCAGGCCAGUGGUAAUGAUGAAAAUUUACAUGAUGUGAUUGUUCAAUCUGACUUUGCUGAUAAUGAAGAACUUGGAGAGAUCCAAGUUGAGAAUGAGAGUCUAGAUGAUUAUGUGUUAGCCAGAGAUAGGACUAGAAGAAACAUUAAGAGGAUUUCUGAUAGUAUGACUGACUAUGCUUUUCACCUGUAUGAUACUUCAUUAUUUUCUUUCUCUGUUUUUGAAACUCUUGAGUUGAAUGAGCCUAAAACCUACCAGGAAACCCUUGCCUCUAGAGAAUCUAAAAAUUGGCUAUGUGCUAUGCAAAGUGAGAUAGAAUCUCUUAAGUUGAAUAAAACCUGGACCCUAGUUCCUAGGACUCCUAAUUGUUCUGUUGUUGAGUGCAAAUGGCUUUUCAAAGUUAAAGAAGAACCAAAUGACAUUAGGUUUAAAGCUAGGUUAGUGGCAAAAGGUUUCACUCAAAAGGAAGGGGUAGACUAUGCUGAAAUUUUUGCUCCAGUAGUAAAAUUCACAACAAUUAGGAUGAUGCUUGCCCUAGUUGCCCAUAAUGACUGGGAGAUGAAGCAGAUGGAUGUUACCACUGCUUUCCUUCAUGGUGAACUAGAUAAACAGAUUUUCAUGAGCCAACCUGAGGGUUUUAUUGACCCUAAGUACCCCAGACAUGUCUGUCUACUUAGGAAGGCCCUCUAUGGCCUGAAACAGUCUCCCAGACAAUGGAAUAUCAAGUUUGACCAGUGUAUGUCUUCCUUGAGUUUCAAAAGGUCUGAUUCUGACCCUUGUUUGUAUUUUAAGAAUACUGCUGCUGUACCUGUUUUCUUGUUAAUCUAUGUUGAUGACAUGCUUAUCAUUAGCCCCUCUGUGAAUGCUAUUAAGAUAGUUCAAAAGUGCCUUUGUGAAAACUUUGCUAUGAAAGAUCUUGGAGAUGCUAAGAGAAUCCUAGGGAUUAAUAUCCUUAGGGAUAGGAGUAGGUGUACCCUUACCCUGAACCAAACCUCCUAUCUUGAAAAGGUCUUGAAAAAGUUUAAAAUUGACUCUGCCCAACCUGUGAAUGUUCCCUUAGCACCCCACUUUGUGCUAAGCAAGGAUCAGUCCCCAAGGACUGCUCCUGAGAUAGAUAGGAUGAAGGCUGUACCCUAUUCCAGUGCUAUAGGGUCAGUCAUGUAUCUCAUGGUAAGCACAAGGCCUGAUAUAGCUUAUGCUGUUAGUUGCUUAAGUAGAUAUAUGGCAAACCCUGGUACGUCUCACUGGACUGCCCUUAAAUGGUUCCUUAGAUACCUAAGGGGUACACCUUCUCAUGGUCUUGUUUUUUCUAAAACUGAAACUGGCAUUUUACUUACUGGCUAUGUUGACUCCAAUUAUGCAAAUGAUAGGAACAAUAGAAAGUCUACUACUUCCUACAUUUUUACUCUUUGUGGUUCCUGCAUAAGUUGGAAAUCUCAACUUCAACCUAUUGUUGCACUGUCCACUACUGAAUCUGAAUACGUGGCAGCCACUGAGGCCUUUAAAGAGGCUAUUUGGCUUAAACGAAUGCUAACUGAAAUUGGUUUUCUUAAGCAGGUUGUGACAGUGUACUCUGAUAGCCAGUCUGCUAUCCAAUUAUGCAAGAAUCCUGUAUUCCAUGACAGGACCAAGCAUAUUGAUGUCAGGUUUCAUUUUAUUAGGAAUAUUGUGGAUGCAGGUUGGAUAAAGCUGUCCAAGAUACCUUCAGAAUUUAACCCUGCAGAUAUGGGGACUAAAUGUCUCACUUUUGAAAAACUGUUGUCUUGUAAGCGUAUUCUUAAUUUAGAUUGUGGCUAGAUAAGAACUGUAAAACAAGAAAAACCGGCGAUGAUGAUUCUCCCUUUCACGUUGUGCUCUACACCACCAGGGGGACCAAUAAGGUGGAGAUUGUUGUGGUAUUGGUCCACCUCAUCUAUGGGUCAUCCCUGAACUGCCUUUUGGUCCACCUCAUUUAUGGAGUUGGUCUCCUAUUAAUUGUCCUGGCCCAAAUGGGCUGUCUACCCGACCAAGCCCAUCCCCCCGUUUUGUCUUAUAACUCAGCCCAUCCCUUUGUGGCCCUCCCUUAUAUUGGCUGGUUCUUCUGGAAUCCUCCUAUUUCUGCCUCUCCGCCUUCUCUCUAAAAUGUGGCUUCAGUUCGGUUACCCUAGACCUAGAGUGAGAGAGUGCCGGUUUCCUCUGAGCUUUAGCUCCGACUUUGCUCCGGUGAGACCUUUGGAAUCCUUCUGUGGGCUUCACUCUGGUCUGGUAGUGUGGUGGGUUAUCUGUAGCUCCGGUGGGUUCUCUGGGCUGGGGUCUGGGUUCUUUGUGUGAGGGCUUGUUGGCUGUCGCCCUUCUGUCUUCCUCGGUUGUAUCCCUGGUGGUGAGUGUGAGCGAGCCUUUGGGCUUGGUGGUGAUUGAGGUCUGAGCCGGUCCGGUUUUCCAACAAUUAGUAAAUAUUGGCUCUCUCACUUUAUGAGUGUGUAUAUUGACGUGUCCAUAGGUUCAAGGAGGUAGCUGAGCUCGCAUUGAAUUUUGGUGUGUUUGACAUUUGUUUCAAAAUGCCAAAUCAAAUGUUGUUAUCCAAGGAAACACAUUAUUCGUGUUAUUUGAUGUACAAAGAAGAAACUGAAUAUCACUCUGGGGAUAUUGAAUAUAGUGAUUCAGCCAUUGACGCCGUUAACGAUGUCCCUAUAAUUGGACAUAACAAGAGGGUUGGAAAAGACGGAUGGGAGGAGAUAGAAAUCAAGUCUUUCUUCAACAACGGAGCAAAUGAGGAUCUACGAGCGUCUGUUGGUGUUGGUUGGGAUUAUGAGUUUAUGAUCAUUCAAGGCAUUGAGUUUCGGCCUCGUGACGUCGAGAGAAAAGAUUAUAGCAGCUGUUUUCCGGAUGAACUUUCAUCAAUAUUAGGUCAAUUCAAACUUGGUAAAUUCCCUCCAGGGAUGAUGGAUGGCCUGGAUGAGCUACUCAACGAAUUUAAGUUGGACUGAAGCUAAUAACUAACUUGCCCUUGACAUUCAAGGAUAUGAACUAUGAACCUUCAUUUCAUAUGAUUUUCCUUUUCCCCAAAAAACAAAGACUAUAGCGUUGCUUGCCAUAUUUUGAAUGGAUUUUAUAUUUUUAUGUUUGCCAGUUGUUAUUUGAACAUUAUUAUAGAUAAUGAUUAUCA